AUGCUUGAAUACAUCGACGGAAAAUGUGGGGAUUUCGUGAUAUUUGAAGUUGGAGGAUUCAUUGGAGUGGAUUCAAAUGUAUUGAAAAAAGUGAUGAACAUGGGCUGUAAAGUUAGUUGGGUGUCGACCCCAGAAAAAAGAGAGAUAUCGUCUUACGGUGGAGAGAUGAGAACGACGAAACUUCGAAGAAUUGUGGAAGCUACAGGAGGAAAGAGCUUUCAGUUCGGUGUCCACGGAACUCAAGCUGGAAGUAAGCAGCAACGAAGAAUGAUUCCAAAUUUUAGUUUUGUUACGCCCAUUCUCGGAAACGUUAUAAAAGGAGAAGACCAUGUCAAGCUACUGGAUUUUAUUGAUUUUGAUCCUGAACGCGAUGGUAGUCGACAAACUCUGCGUUUCAUCGCUGAGAAGAAAGAUAUCAUUCAAAUUCAAAUGCGCCUCAUUUCUGAUAUCGAGGACGAAGUUUUGCUUGAAGAUUAUUGUUUGAAAUAUCUAUCCGUAAAUGUGACCGACGAUGAAUUUCUGAAACUUCACUCUGACCCCGAAUUUCUCAUCUACACUUACAAACCAAAAGAAAGAAAGGAUUUCAAUUCUUACGAUUCGGAGAUCAAUUUUGACGUCUGUUUCUACAAAAUAGAGGGAUUUAUGGGACCGAAUUUCCAAGUUCAAAUCGCUGUUUAUGCCCUUCACGACGAGUCAGUCUCCCUGUUGAAACCGAAAGCGCGCGUUUUGUAUCAUGUAGAAGAAAACAAGGCUCCAAUCUUUGCUGCGAAACCUGAGAGCUUCCCCGAAGCUGUUCCAAUAUCUUUCAUUAUUACAUCGCUCAACAAUCCGAACUACCGCACCUGCGAUACUAUGAACAAUUUGGCAACGUAUCAAGACUUAUUCUUAGAUGAUUGGUACACUGGUCUAACAACAGGUUUGAGUUGCUCGACCUUUGAUAGCGAAGGGUAUUGUACUGGAUAUUUCAUGGUGGAAAUCUAUUUCAACAGAGGAAUCAAUACGUUCGACUGUCGGAUAUUCUUGAAUGAGUCACCUUACCAACCAUUCAUGAAGGUGGAUAUUGGGAUGCUUGUGAGAACAGAAGGGGAUUGUUACGGUGGUGGAAAACUUCUGAAUGCAAACAAAGAAGAACUUUGCUUCCAGAAGGCUGAAAAUUUUAUAUCGGAAACAGAAUCAUGCGUGCUUCCGACUAUUCAUGAAGCUCACUUGUUUACUAGUGAAGCUAAAUUGCUGGAACAUAACUUUGUGGAAGAUUACAAAAACAUUUCUACACUAAAACGGACUAUCGAGCUGCAGAAAAGGGGAUACAAUGUAGAAUAUAUGAUCCGAUAG